AUGGGAUUUGAAUUAACUUUUCUAGGUUCAUCAGGGGGCCCUAUUGAUGGCUCCACAUGUUCGAUUUUAUUGAAGCCAUCGCAUAUCACCUAUGAAGAAAUACUUUCCGGUAAGCUUGAGAAUCAGCUACUUAUCAUUGAUGCUGGAUCUGGUGUUGCUUCCUUAAGUGAAACCAUAAGAAAUGAAGUCAAAUUCAAAAAACCAACUAGUAAGAUACUAAGCCUUUACACAGAUUCAUUACCAUUGGAACAAUAUUUCAAUUCAGAGGUGACGACUCCAUUUAUCAAAUUUCCAGAUUCUGUAUCGCCAUUGAGACAUGCAUUCGACAUUUUCAAAUGUGUAAAGUCCUACUUAAUUACCCAUCCUCAUAUGGAUCAUAUCUGUGGGCUUGUUGUUAAUUCUGCAGGGUUCACUUCAUCAAAAAAAAUAUACGGGUCCGACUUCACGAUAGAUUCAUUGCAAAAGUACAUCCUCAAUGACGCUAUAUGGCCCAAUAUGUCACGCUACAAUGUUCUAAGCCUUGAAAGUAGGGAUUUUUGGACUCCCUUUGCUGUAACCGAUCAAUUCACGAUAUUAAUGUUUGAUAUAUGCCAUGGUAAUCCAGCUGGAAAGACAGACACAUUCUACUCAAGUUCAGCAUUUUUAAUUCAGCUCAACUCUUCUACUGAAUAUAUUCUUAUAAUUGGAGAUUUUGAAAGUGAUAUAGUUUCCAAGGAAUCAAAGAAUCUAAAGAUCUGGAAGCAUAUUGCGCCGUUAAUCAUUAAUGAAAGUAGAUAUUUGAAAGGAAUAGUUUUAGAGUGUUCCAUGCCUAAUAACUACCGAGACGAGCUCUAUGGCCACAUGACUCCAGAGCAUGUUAUUCAUGAGCUAAAAGUAUUGGAUGACGAAUGUUCAAAAUUACUUCCUUCGAAUUCAAGACCUUUGGAAGGUCUCAAUGUCAUAAUAAAUCAUGUGAAAGAGCCCAUUGAUGGUAAUUCUGACCCUAGACGAAAGUUAAUGAGAGAUUUAAAAUUAAUGAAUGAAUCACAUAACUUGGGAUUGAAAUUGUCGCUUGCUCUAACCGGGGUUUCUCUUCAUGUUUGA